GUUCAUAACCCCAACGGCGGUCAGAUUGUAUCGCUGGUUGUCUUUUCCCAGUUGUAUCUCAUUUCCGUGGUCACUGGGAAGUGUAGUGGUAUGACAAUUUCUUGUCCUGAAAGAGAUGGUGUCGUUGCGGACCUCCGUUUAGCGGAGUCUUUUUAUUCAAGAUAUGAAGUACGUGAUAUCCUUGGUUCGGGUGCUAGCAGCACUGUGCGACGUUGUAUAGAAAAAGAUUCCAAGUGUGAAUAUGCCGUCAAAAUUUUGGAUCUAAACAGUGGCGUUGAUACGCCGGAUGUUAUUCGCUCAGAGUGUAUGCGGGAGGUAGCAAUCUUGCGCAAAGUAGUGGAUCAUGCUAAUAUUAUAAAAAUCCACGAUGUUUUCGAGGGUGAUGCAUAUAUAUUUUUAGUUUCUGAAAUAUGCCAAGGGGGUGAACUUUUUGAUUAUCUAACACACAAUGUCAUCAUUUCAGAGAAACGAACGCGUGCUUUAAUGAGACAACUUUUCGAUGCUGUUAACUUCAUACAUGAUCGUCAAAUAGUUCAUCGAGAUCUCAAACCGGAGAAUAUUCUUCUUGAUGAUAACUUAAACAUUAAAGUUACGGACUUCGGUUUGGCUGUAUUUGUUGACGACGAAGAAGAACUUCGAGAAACUCGUGGAACACCAGGUUACUUAGCACCAGAGGUUUUAAUGUGUGGUUAUUAUGAAGACCAACCUCCUUACGGUCAACCUGUCGACAUAUGGGCAUGUGGUGUAAUUAUGUACACCCUUUUGGCAGGUUGUCCUCCAUUUUGGAAUCGUAAAGAACACUUAAUGUUGCGUCAAAUUAUGGAAGGUCGAUUUUCUUUUCCCAGUCCAGAAUGGGAUGAUAUUAGUGAAUCUGCGAAAGACUUGAUAUGUAAAAUCUUGGUUGUCGAUGCUAAAACAAGAUUAACAGCUGUGGAAUCUUUAAAGCAUGAAUUUUUCUUACAACAACCUUUAGUUGGAGUGACUACAUUCAAUGCUAAACGUAAAUUCAAGAUUAGUAUCAUGGCGAUAGGCUUCAUUUAUUGUCUAAAACGAUUGAAAACAGAUGCAGCUUUCUUGAAUGUCAAUCAACUUUCAAUGGAUCCAUAUUCCAAUAAAAAGUUACGUAAAAUUAUUGACACUUUGGCUUAUGAUGUUUAUAGUCAAUGGGUUAAAAAGGGUGAAGAACAAAAUCGUGCCGCUUUGUUUGAAAAUGCUCCACGUCGUGAUUUAAUUGAUGUCACGUCGAUAUAUAAUCCUAAUAAUAGUAAUAAUUUAAGUCCAAGACGUUCAAUAUUCGCUGGUGGUGGUGGCUCAAUGAAUUAUACAACCUUCAAUUAUGAUGACGAUGAUGAUGAUGAUUUAAGAGUGCCUAUUCGAAUUGAAUAUUGAAUAACACCAUUGAUCAUUGAACAGUUUAUCAUUUAUAUAUACAUAUAAUGCCCUGUUAGUUGUUUAUAUUUUUUCAUCAUUCCCCUUUAGUCUAGAUUAUGCAUUAUACACUGCACAUAAAUAAACUCGGUGCAAUAAAAAAAUAGGUACACCCCAAAAAUUACCGAAAUCGAAAUAUAUCUGCCUACCUGUGUUCAGAUCCAGUUGUCUCCGAGCCCUGUCUGUCUGCCUGCCUUCCUCCUCGUCCCCCUUCAUAUGUUCAUUUAUUUUUUCUCCCGUGUACAAAAUCCCUCCCUCCCUUCCCCGCUGACCCACUCGCUCGCCCGCCCGCGUCUUUUUAUGAGUUCUAGUCACAUAUAUUUUUUUUUAUUUCUAAUAUAAUUUUAGUUAUUUAUAUAUUGAACCUUGAUAAUAUUGUCAUUUAUAACGAUACUACCACUACUACUAAUAAUAAUCAUGAAAAUUGAGAAGCGUCUUUCAUAUACCUCUUUGUUUAACUUACUUAUUUAAUCGAUUGAUAAUAUUUUGGUUCAAUACUUGAAUUUCUGCAUUGUGUUGAUUUUAUUCUAUUAUAUAUAUGAUGUAUGCAACAAUCAUAUGAAAUGAAAUAAAAUCAACUUAGUACUUAUU